AAAACCAUAACCAUUUUGUAUCAGAUAUCACUGUAUCCUCUUUCGCCACUCUCACAAAACCCUCAUUCACAAAACUUCAAUCUUCAUCCCCAAAACACAGAGAGAGAAACAAAUUCAAAACCCAUCAUCAUCAUUAUCAAUGGCUCCGAAUUUGGAAUGUCGCAUGUACGAAGCAAGGUACCCAGAGGUAGACAUGGCGGUAAUGAUACAAGUCAAGAACAUCGCCGACAUGGGUGCUUACGUUUCACUUCUCGAAUACAACAACAUCGAGGGUAUGAUUUUGUUCUCUGAACUCUCUCGUCGUCGUAUUCGUAGUGUUAGCAGUCUAAUCAAGGUGGGUCGAAUUGAACCGGUUAUGGUUCUUCGUGUUGAUAAGGAAAAGGGUUACAUCGAUCUCAGUAAACGUAGGGUUUCUGAAGAAGAUAUUCAAGCUUGUGAAGAAAGGUAUAAUAAGAGUAAACUUGUUCACUCUAUUAUGCGUCAUGUUGCUGAAACUUUGGACCUUGAUUUAGAGGAUCUUUAUGUGCACAUUGGUUGGCCUUUGUAUCGCAAAUAUGGUCAUGCUUUCGAGGCAUUCAAACUAGUUGUGAAUGAUCCUGAUACAAUUUUGGGCGCACUCAUGCGUGAAACCAAAGAAGUUGGUCCUGAUGGGAAAGAGGUGACCAAGGUGGUACCUGCUGUUACUGAAGAAGUGAAGGAAGCUCUAGUGAUGAAUAUUAAAAGACGAAUGACCCCUCAGCCAUUGAAAAUCAGGGCGGAUAUUGAAAUGAAAUGUUUUCAAUUUGAUGGAGUUAUCCACAUUAAGGAGGCAAUGCGGAAGGCUGAAGCUGCUGGAAAUGAUGACUGCCCUGUGAAAAUUAAACUUGUUGCUCCUCCACUUUAUGUGCUUACCACUCAGACCCUUGACAAGGAGAAAGGAAUAUUAGUUCUCAACAAUGCCAUUGCUAGUUGCACCGAAUCAAUAGAACAACACAAGGGUAAACUUCUGGUGAAGGAGGAAGCCAGAGUGGUGAGUGAACGUGAUGAUAAACUGCUGCAAAUUCAUAUGUCUAAGCUCAACCAAGAUAAUCAAGAUGUUGAUGGUGAUGAAGACAGUGAAGAGGAAGAAGAUACUGGAAUGGGUGAUGUUGACUUGGACAAUGGUAAUGCGAUAACGGAGUGAGAAAUAUCUUGUGCUUAUAGUAAGGCAUAGAUAGUAUACAGCGCAGGCUUUGCUAAUUUUGUGCUAUCAGAUUCUUUUUGAUCUAUUUGAUUGUGGUUGUAUUAUACAAACUCGGAAUUUCCAAGAGGGUGUUCGAUCCAAACUUAGGAGUUUAUGUGGUUAAAUCACCCACCAUAUCUCCCUCUCUUGUUGCUUGCAAUUUAUGAUGAGAUCUUAGUUGAACACAAUACACUCAAAUAACAUCUUUAAUUCUUAUGGUUUUACUUUUCCAAACAUAAUUGUUUAACUUUCAUAUUUAAUUUA